ACGCAUCGCUUCCAUUCAGCCAUUGAAGUGGGGGGAGUAGGGUCCGUACUGUUGUGGUUUCACUGCGACCUGUGUGUGUGUGUUUUCUCAGGGAAAUGUUGCUAUGUAACUCACAUUAGGAACCAUUCUUCGGUGUAAGCUCAGAUUAUUGUAUCGGCUGGUGUCGUCGGUGCGGAGCAGGGCCAUCAUGUCUGGAGCUGUCGGUGGAGGAGGAGGCUCCUCCUGUCUGGGCGCAGCAGCGGCAGCCAGUUGCAGCUCCGCUGGCUCUCCCUACUCUGCUGCAGCCGGAGGAGGCGCAGGGGUGGCCGGGAGGCUGCCGGCCCGGGUUCUGGAGCAUGUUUUUUCCUAUCUGGAGCUGUCUGACUUGAUGCGGUGCGCGCUGGUCUGCCGGAACUGGAACAAAACCCUGGCGGAUGAAAAUAGCGAGGUGUGGCGCAGCCUCUGCACCCGGACUCUGAGUGAUGAGGCUCUGCGUUCUGACAUCCUGUGCAACCUGCCCACCUACAAGGGCAAACUCAAAGCCUUUCAACACGCUCUGAGCUCCCACGACUGCUCCCGCAAUGUUUAUGUGAAGAAGAACGGCUUCACCCUGCACCGUAACCCCAUCGCCCAGAGCACAGACGGUGCCCGUGGAAAGAUCGGCUUUUCAGAGGGGCGGCACGCCUGGGAGAUCUGGUGGGAGGGCCCCCUCGGCACCGUGGCAGUGAUAGGCAUCGCCACGAAGCGGGCGUCAAUGCAGUGCCAGGGCUACGUGGCCCUGCUGGGCAGUGACGACCAGAGCUGGGGCUGGAACCUGGUCGACAACAACCUGCUGCAUAAUGGGGAGGUUAAUGGAAAUUUCCCACAAUGCAACAAUGCACCCAAAUACCAGAUUGGCGAGAGAAUCCGGGUAAUUCUAGACAUGGACGACAAGACAUUAGCCUUCGAGAGAGGUUUUGAGUUUCUUGGAGUAGCGUUUCGUGGACUGCCCAAAGCCUGCCUGUUCCCUGCUGUCUCCGCAGUGUAUGGUAACACUGAAGUCACCAUGGUGUACCUGGGAAAACCUCUGGAUGGUUAGACGCAGAAUAACACACGCCACCAUUUAAACUAACAGGCCACAGACGAGUGCUGGACUCUUUCUGUCAGCAGAGUGCCAACCGUGGUCACUGCACCAUGUCAAAAGGUUCUGGAGGCUGAGUGGUCGCGUUUCUUCCAAGCAAAAUAACUGUUCACAUUACACAAAGAGAACAUUUCUACUACAGCUGCACAUGAACCCAGAGACAGCUGACAGGGAGAGGGCGGUGAGGGGACGGUCUAAAUAUGUUUCUGUAUCAACGUGGAAGUGUCCACUUUUACAGUUUAGCUGCUGGACUUUUUUAUUUACAGGACGGGGGGAACGUAAUUUAAUGUAAUGCGAUUCAGACUAACAGUGCUGAACAUUUACUUGAGAUUUUAUGUGUGCUUGAGUGAGGCCAAAACUAUUCUGAACUGUGGCAAAUACUCUAAGACAUCGUUUUAAUAAGUGACACAGUAGUUGUUCUAAAUAUCUAUCUGUUGUAUGAGUUAAUGCAAACAGCUCAUUCUGGAUUAACACAGGUGACUGGAUUAUAGUGGUUUUAUGCCAAAUAAAUGUGACCUAAUGUAUUUUGAUAGAGGCAAACAGAGGACGUGGGGACCAGCUGUCAUGCAUGUGCAUGGACAUAAUGGACUGAAAAUUGCCCUUUUCAAAUACUCAUCCAGUUAUGGUGGAAACUAUACCCCUAUCAUGUUAAUGUGUGUCCUUUUUAAUGUGCUACUGUAGUAUUACUCACUAUUUAUUGGUUUUAUCUAUGGUACUAUAGAUACUGUGUGGUUAUAGGGCCUGAAAAUAAAGUCUACAUGGUGCCACUCUUAGAAUAAAGAUGGUUUGAUGCUUAUGUUUAUGGUUUUAUACCAGAACUUGUAAGUUUGUCUGCAUGUUCACAGUCACACUGCAUGUUUCCAGCCAAUGCUAUGUGAAUCUGAAGAAAAAGAAUAACAAAAAGCUCCAGAACGACUCGAUGACUGGUCCUGCAGCCACUUCACUGCAGUAAAUGUGACCUCUAUUGACAGCAAAAGCCUAUAAACUGCCUGUUAAAAACCA